AUGCCUAGCAUGAGUUCCACCGAGCAGCAGGAGGAGGAUGAGAGAGGUGUUAAAUAUGCAGUGAUGGGCAACAUAGCUGCGACCUUGAGUACCCUCACACAAUGCAUCACUGUGGUAAGACUAAUGCAGGUUGGUGCUGCUGACUUUCUACGACCUAGCAAGGUUACUAACCAGUUUACGACUGAUAUAGCUACGGGCCGUCAGAAGCCAGCUCUGGGAGAUGUUUGGAGCACCAUUCUUGAUAAACGUAUCAUCUUAAAUCAUGUCGAGGGAGGUAUCAAAUCGGUGGAUAUGGACGACCCUGAUGGUAUGACCAGGUGUGUCGAGGUGUUGUUCCUGACCGCUUCCUCAGAUGCCUGGCUUAUCGAGAUCACUCCGGACAGUCAUGCGGUUCGUCUACCUGACAUUUGA